CCCCUUUACUUCUUGGGGUCGGUGAUAGGGACAAGAGCACGCGUACCUCGAUGUGUGAGUCCGAUGGAGUAGCUUUACCGUAUGAAUAUUUCACUACAUUGCAAUGCUGUUUUGGUCUAUAUGAUUGUCUCUUUGUCUUUGUGUUUUGCUGGCAUUCUCCCGAUGUUGCUUAAAUCCUAUCGCCUUUCGGAUGGGAAGAGAGGGUGCAAUCGAACAUGCGAGGCUUACCGAUAUGGUGAGUGCAGCAGUCCUAAACCAUUAGUAGCAGUGCACCCUUGAAGAGGUUAUCAUUUCGCGGAGGGACUAGCAUGGAAUUGCUCGAAUUCUCCUCUAUCACACAC